AUGACAUGGGAUAUCGCUGUUGCCCAGGAACUUGAAGCUGAAACCACCGAACUCAAGAAGGAUCUCGACCUGAGCGAAUUUGCCGUCCCCAUUAGCAAGCUUAAAGAGCGAGGCAAGACAGAAGGGGCUUUGAAGUGUCUCGACGAAUUUCUUGUUGCUAAGGCCGGUGCUAAUAUGAGCGACCUAUACAGUGAUAUGUGGGAUGACUGCGGGUCCUACUUUGGCGAGCAGCAUGAAGACGCCAAGGCAAAGGAGAACGCCAAAGACCCGACUGAGCCUACGAAGCUCUACGAUAUCAUUCAGAGCAACAAGGAUGCUGCUGAACUAGACAAAACCGUAUUCUAUCUCUCGAUUCAAGACGACUCGCUUGCGUUUGAAACCUUCACGAAGCUCUUUGAGGACUCCAAACCCCGGAAGCGGAUCAUAUGGGAAGAUUUAGAGUACUUGUUGGAAUGA